AAAUUGAUCUGUUAAUGAGAUGCCGAACAGAGAUGUCGUAAAGGAUGAAGAAACUUUCAAGGCACAUCACAUCGCCAGUUUCAUCGAAGGUAAUGAAAAGCUUAUGCCAAGCGGAGUUGUUCACCACAUUAAUCAACUGCACAACAGUGGCAGAAUCGAUGAGACACCAUGCAUCGUACGGCUAGACAAAAAGGGGAUUCGAGUCGAACUAAAGUCAACAGAGGAGCUUGUGGAGUUCUUCGAAUGGUCCUCUAUUAGUGAUGAAAUUGCCGUACUUAGACGCACCGAAAUUUUUCAGUACGCCUACCUUAUCCUUUUUCGAUGUUCACAAUAUAACGCUGAACUCAAGCGUGAUGAGUCAGAGCUUCAUGUCUUUAGUUGUGAAACAAAAGAAGAUGCCAAAUUGCUUGCUAACGCUAUCAAUGAGCAUAAACGUGCUACUUUGAAAAAAAGUCUAAACGGCAGUGCGUUGAAGAAUCCGGAAAUUUCUUUACGUCGUGGCAGGUCGGAAGAAAGAAUCAGUUCCACAAGAUAUGAAUGUGGACGAAAUUUUUACAUACUUAACAACUGUAUAGAUGAUAUAGAAAGCUUUGAAAAACGACUUGAAAAAGGCCUUAGACGGAUGUCGAAUAACAGUCGAAAUAGUUCAGCUGAAGGCAACCUAAAUGGCGUUGUAUUUCCAAGCAGACAUGAAGCUCAAGAAACAAUAAGAAAAGUAAAGCAUGCCUUCAAUGUAAAUGAAAUAGUCCGACCACACACACCAGGUGACACGGCAAAUAAAAUUUUCAUUCGAUUAUUUAACACUGUUCAAUGGUUGGAUAAAGUUUGUCGACAAAAACUUGUCUCUGACUAUGAUCCAAAUAUGGUACGUGAUAUUGUCGAGCCUUUGCUAGAAGAAAACACAAUUUCGGCAAUUAUGAGUAGAUUACAGCGUAAACAACAAGAAUUUUGGGAAGAACUAGGCCCAGCAUGGAAUACGCCGCCUGGUAAAUGGACUGACAAUAUUUCCCGAUAUUCACCACAGUUUUCUUCUUCAACUGCUAAUAAACGCCAAACAUGGCAUGCAGAAUCUGACUCAGCAGCACCAGGUGUAGUAGACAUUGAAGUGAAAGUUACACAUACAAGCUCACCACGAAAUUCUCCUCCUCCCGUGGAACGUGCAAGAACCCCUUCACCUGUUGCUCAAGUUAAUGUUGUAGAAAAACCCCCGGAGCAGAGGGCUAAAUCAUGUGAAGUACGCAAUCCUCCUCGACGUACAUCUGAUAAUGAGCAGAAAUGGUGUGUUGUAAACGUACACCAUGUGAGUGCAAAGCCUGGAGAAUUAUCUGUACAACCAGGUGAUAUUCUUUCAGUUAUUACGAGUAAUAAAGGAGACUGGUGGACAGUGCAAAAUGAUGCAGGAGAAUCUGGUGAAGUACCAGCUUGGAAACUUAAACCUUAUAAUCACCGGCCAGAUCAUCCACCUCCAACGGGGUUAAGGAAAACUUUGUCCAUGACUAAUUUACUUAGUGACAAACCAAUCAACGUCACUGACAAAGAAAACGAUAAUGUUUAUUCAGAGAAUUACUUAAGACCCCAGUUACGAAAGGACAAUAUACGUCCCUCCAGAUCUACGCCACGUGAAAAAUCACCUCCAAGACAGGAAGUGGAUACGUCUGCUUUGAGCAUAAAUAUAUCCAGUUCACCUACUGUACAAGACUUAGAUAACAAUAAUAGGAAUAACAGUGAUAAUGCAGAUAUCAGUAAUAGUUUCAUGUAUAUAACACCAGCUCAACUUCAGGAAGCAAUAAAAAUCAACAGUAAUGUACCAAUGAUACUAAUACCCGUAUCGAAUCUAUACAAUAAUAGUAAUGCUGAUAUGUCAGCAAUUAACUGGUCUCAUUUAAUUAACCCAAAUACAAAUGGUGCUGAAUCAGCAAGAAUUCCUAAUCCUGGUGUUUUAGGACCAGGUUGGAAACCAGCUCCUAUAUUGAGCACUUCAGCAACGGAAGCCUUGGGUUACUCUCCAUAUCCCUUUAAUUAUCCCACUCAUAUGCAUACUAUGACAAGAGAACUUAGAGAAAGACUGUCCAAAAUGCAGCUUGGUGGAGGAACUGGCCUUAAAUCAGUCCCUAUACCUACAACAACGCUUGAUAAACCAGAUCAAAGGUUGUCUAAAUGCGCAUCAGAGAAAGAAGUUGCUGAAUGGUUAGUAGCUCAUCAAUUUUCGCCAAGGGUUAUAUCCGCCUUAAAAGGAUUUAAUGGAAUGGAUCUCUAUACAAUGAAUCGAACUCAGCUGGAACAACAUGUUGGACCUGAAAGGUGUGAUGAAUUGUUCUAUGCAUUCCGAGGCUCAUAGUUCAAUUUAAUAAAAAUGACAAUUAUGUAAACUGUUCAAAUCAGAGGAUCAGUGAAAUCUUCAGAACCAAGUGCUUUUUGUAAUCUUUCUACUUAUUUGUACUGCCAUAUGAAUAGUAAUCAUUAGUUUGAGUUCAGCUGAGUAACUUAUAAGAGCAUUUGAGAAACAAGUCUUCUGUGGCUAAGCAAUACUCUAUGAAUUAUUGUCAAGUAAUGUAGUCAAAUAAAACUCUUAAAUAAAAGUUUUUAUAUAACCGACACCUACAUGCCUAUUGUUGCCCAUCAUUACUUUUAAUGCUAUCUUUGUGAAUGCACUUUAAUUUGCAGACACAAUCUCCCAAGUUCCAUUUCAUUCGUUUUUUUUUGCAAAGCCAAGUUCAACCGUAAAAUACGACUGACCUGUUUUCAUUAUCCAGAUAUCUUAAUUUUGCUAGAAAAAAAUGAAUAUGUUACUUUUAUACACAAUAUUUAUUUAACUGACUUAUCAAAAUUACAGUUUUGAACGCAUAAGCAUUCGAGGAAUUCUGAUUAGGAGAAACUCCAACUAAAUUCAAAUACGUUGUAAAGUGAAUCAUUUCAUCUUCGGAGUGUUUAAACCAUACUUUGCCUUCAAUCGGUCUAAUUCCUCCUUCUUCUUAUCCACAUCAGUUUUCUUAAAUUGCUGCAAAAAACAUUAGAAGAGAAAAACGAACAACAGCUCGAUAACGACAUUCAACGCUGAAUUUCAAUCUGGACACAUCUAUUAAGUGGAAAUAAUACCCUCUGUUUAACUCCAUGAAUUAUUGGACUGCUCCCAAUCUUUCGCGGUUUCUGAAACAUCUUCACAAUCAACUCAUCAGCUGGUGAGGAUUCUUCCUGCAACGAACCGUCUAAAGUUUCCCAACAGCCAUGGUGGCAAAAAUAUUUUGAACAAAUGAUCAAACGAGGGACCAAUAUACCUUUUGGCUCGAAAUAUAACCUACCUACUCCAAUUCCACACUACAUGUUCCAUAGUACUCUGUAUCAAGUGAUCUUCUUAGGUAAAAGUUGCCAUGCAUCAAAUAUACUUUCCGAAUGAUGCUGCUUACGCUAAUAUGAACGAUGCUGGAAGUCCAUAUGUAACUGCUGCCUUUUGGACUAUUACCGUCUCAACGUCUGCCUUCAUCUACCACUAGAAGUACUCCCGGUGGAAUCAAUGUAUACUACCUUUAAACCACAUGGUGUACUGGAAAUACGUGGAUUUAGACACUCACCUUGGCUAUGUAACUGGGUACUUACUGAUACUCCAGGUCGUAUAAAUAGGCCCUUUGUGGUUAGCAGUGCUAAAAACUGAAGAACUUUCCUGUGAAUUUAUGCUUAUAUUACUAAAUAAGAAACUAUGCAAAUGGACUAACAACGUCGUCUAGUCAUAACGCAAACUUCGAAUAUUGCUCGCUUUUGUCGUUGAUAGUGGAACCUAUCUGGGUAAUGACAGACGGAAAUCCAUACCCGUCUGUUGAUUUGCAGCAAGUUUUAGUAAGUUUAUGCAUAUCAGUAACUUGCUGUGUCAGUUAUAUAAUUCCCGGCAUUAUCCUGUAAACUUUCAAAAUCAUCAUUUUGACGGUGCUUGUGAACUGGUAUCUGUCACGUUAAAUCCAUUAUAUGGGGAUGGGAAUUUUUAUUAUCUUCACUGUGACGCACUGCAUAUGCUGAAAGUGGUAUUUUCUUUGUCCCGCAACCGUGAUCUGAUGUUUUGAUGGAGCUGAACGACCUCCCCUCCGUACUAUUCAGGACCCGCAAAGUCUUGUAGAUUUUUCCACAUAUAUCAAUGUGAUGAUGCCUGUAAACUGGCUUCUCUCAUGGUAAUCACUAGUGUGAGAAUAAAAAUUUGUUUAUUUAUAUUGUACAUAACAGUCAGUUUACAUUACCAAAAUGGCCAGACCUGUUAACUGGUUUGUUUUCACGUAACAUGUUGCAUGAAAUAUAUUAUUAUCAUUAUU